AUGGCCAGACCGUUCGAAAAUAUUGCCGACAUCAAUGACACAAAGGAUUUGUGGAAGGUGGCGGUUCGUGUGGAGCAUAAAUGGAGUGUUAUUUCCAACAACAAAGAACACUUUGAAAUGAUUUUUGUCGACAAACAUGGGUGUGAUAUCCAUGUUGUUGUACCAACGACGUAUAUGGCGGCAUACAAUGACAGAUUUGCAUUGGACCAGACCUAUACAGUGUCGAACUUCAAAGUUGAGCGUAAUAACUUGGUGUUUAAACCUUCUGGCCACGGGUUUAUGGUGAAGUUUACUGGAGGAACAAUUGUAUCUGAUGUCAACAAACAUGAGAUACAACCAAAGCAACACAUGUUUACGAGUUUUGUUGAUAUUAUAACCGGGAAAACUCGGAAGGAUAUGCUUAUUGACAUUUUUGGUAUUGGUGAAAGUAUCGGGUAUGCCCAGAGACAUCGCGGAAGUAAGAAAUUACAGGUUAAUUUGGUCCUAAGGGAUGCAACGAACAAUACAAUUAAUUGCACCCUUUGGGAGACUUAUGCUGCUCAAUUCUUCAAGGUUGAUGAAGAACGGGUUAAUACGUCCGUUCCAAUUGUUAUAAUGCUUCGAUAUGCAAAAAUUAAAGAAGAAGGACAAUAUCCUCUUUCGGUUACAAACACCUUCCAUGUUACGCAAUCACAUAUCAAUGCAGAUUUGCCAGCAGUGAAGCAUUUCCUUGAAAGUAUACCUAAGGAGACUAUGAGCGCGAGAUUGUUGUCUGGUGCUUUGGCUCUGCCUCUCAUUGAAAUAAAGAAACUGAAACAGGUCUCUUUCUGCGCUACCGUUGUUGAAACCAAAAAACUGAUUGCCUCUUCCUUCGGCUGGUGUUACCGAGCAUGCCAUUCAUGUCCUAAAGCUGCACGUGGUGAUGAACCUCCUUUCAUAUGCGAUAACAAUCAUAAAACGGAGGCUGAAAUAUGGAGGUAUAAAAUUGAAAUAGAGGCUGUGCAUAAGGGCGUACCUUGCAAAUUCAUAUUUUGGGACCGGGAAUGUACGGAUCUCUUGGAAAUUUCUGCUGCUCAAAUGCGGGAUACAAUGAUACAGGCUGGAAUCACUGAUCCUCUGGAGUUCCCAUUAGCUCUUGAUAAGAUGCUUGACUUGGAGCUGGCUUUUAGAGUUAAGUGGCAGCCAAGCUGGGACUCAUGCUCCGUUGUUAUGCUCAUUAAAGAUAAACCCUUUGUCCAACAAUUAAAGGCUCCGUGGGAACAUACACAGAAGGUGUCCACUUCUCAGCCCUCUGUAACACCUCUAACGGAGCAGAAGGUGUCCACUUCUCAGCCCUCCGUAACACCUCUAACGGAGCAGAUUAAAGAGAGCGUCGACGAAGCAAAAACUGAUGCUGCAGAAGAGUGUGAAAUUCUUACGGAUGUGGAAAUUACAUCCAGGCAUAAUCCUGAUCCGGUCACACCUACUGCAAAAAGGCAUAUUGGUGAUGGCUCCAACGAAUCAACUACCGUGGCUGGGAUGUGUGAUGGAGAGCUGUCAUCAACAAAACUUAAAAAAAUCAUCAAGUUGGAGAAGAAUAUUUGA